AUGAACGGCACAGGGGGAAGCGGAGCUGUCGAUACACCUGAAGAUGCAUGCAGUGUGCUGCUGCGGCUGUCGCUGCUGCAGCAGCAGAGAGCCCUUACUCAGAAUUUAUCUUUAGCAAAUGCAUUAUCUGCUGCUGCGGAGGGAGAGGAGCGCGUGUGCAGGUUGCUGCAGCAGCAGCAGCAGCAGCUGCAGCAAUCUGCAGCAGCAGCAGCAGCAGCAGCAGAAAAGUCGCGCACAGCAAUGCAGGCUGAGUUAGCUGCUGCUUGGAGUAAAGUGCAGCAGCUGCAGCAGCAACUCGAAGAAAUAAAGCAGCAAACAGCAAAAGAAAUAUCUCAAGCACAGCAAAAUGCUGCAGCAGCAAACGCUGCAGCAGAACAAGCGCAAGCAGACCUGCUGCAGCGUAGUGCUGAGCUGCAGCAGCAACAGCAGCAGCAACAGCAGCUGCAGCAGCAGUUGCAGCAAGAGCAGCAGCAGCAGCAGCAGCUGCAGCAGCAGCUGCAGCAGGAAAAGACAGAGAGCGAAAGCAAAGACAAACAAAUAAUAAAUUUAAAAGAAGACAUACAAAACAAAAUACAGCAACUGGAACAGCUUCGUGUUGCUGCAGCAGAACUGAAGGAGACAGUCGAGCGCAGCAGCAGCACACUUGCAGCAGCAGAGGGACAGGUUCUGCAGCAGCAGCAAAAGGCAGCAGCAGAAGCACAACAGCGAGAGGCAGCAGAAGCAUCUGCAGAGGCGCUGCAGCAGCAGCUGCAGCAGCUGCAGGUGCAGCAGCAGCAGCUCCAGCAGCAGCUGCAACAGCAGCAGCAGCUGCUCCAGGCUGCGAUGGACGAGAAAAAUAAUUUGCUGCAGCAGCAACAAGACGCAGACAGCAGACUGCAGCAGCAACAGCAGCUGCUGCAGCAACAGCAGGAGCAGCUGCAGCAGCAGAAGGAGCAAUUGCAGCAGCAGCAGCAACAGCAACAAGCACAGCUGCAGCAGCAGCAGCAGCAGCAGCAGGAGCUGCAGCAGCAGCUGGAGAGAGAAGCGGAAGCAAACCGGAACAGCAGCAAACAAAUAUCAUUGCUGCAGACGCAAGCAGCAGCAGCAGCAGCAGCACACAAACAGACAGAGACAGAGCUGCAGCAAGCAAUAAGUGAGAAGACAGGCAUAGAGGCAGCAGCAGCAGCUGCUGCUGCUGCUGCAGCAGCAGCAGCACAAACAGCAGCAAGAGAGCUAGAAGCAAAGCAAAGCGCGGUAGAGCAUCUACAGCAGCAGCUGCAGGAGAUGCAGACUCUGCUGCAGCAGCAACAGCAACAGCAGCAGCAGCAGCAGGAGCAGUUAGCAACUGAGCUGCAGCAGCGGACGGCGGAGCUAGAGGAGCAGCGUCAGCGUGAGAAGCAGCAGCAGCAGCAACAGCAACAGCAGCAGCAGCAGCAGCAAGCCAACGCUCUCGUAGACGCGUUGCAGCGGUGUGAAGAAGAGAAAAAGAAGAGACAAGAAGAAGCAGCAAAGCUGCGGCAGCAGGUAGCAGCAGCAAAGAAGAUACAGAGGGAGGCGCAGCAGAAGCAAACAGCAGCAGAAGCAGUUGCUGCUGCACAGCAGCAAGAAAUAGCCUCACUAACACAGCUUAAGAGGCAGCUAGAGCAGAAGCUGCUGCAGCAGCAAAUGAUGCUGCACAAAAUAAACAAGACAGCAGAAGACAACACAAACAAAACUCGCGCAGCAGCAGCAGCAGCAGCAGCAACAGCAGCAGCAGCAGCAGCAGCAGGUGGUUCUCCUGCUCGCUGUCAGCCGCUGAAGCAGCGCAGAAGAAAUGAACAGCUGCAAGUUGCAGGGAGGGAAGAAAUGCAAGCAGCAGAGCAGCAAAGAGACUGCAUGCAUAAAACACAACUCCAAAUAUGCAGCAGCAGCAGCAGCAGCAGCAGCAGCAGCAGCAGGAGCAGGAGUGGGGAAGGGCUGAUGCAGUGCGACGAAGAUGACAGCCCGAGAGCAGCAGCAGCAGCAGCAGCACAAGGGAGUGUAAGGACCCGCAGGCCGCGUCUUUCAUCCGCUUACUCCAGCAGCAGCAGCAGCAGCAGCAGCAGCAGCAGCAGCAAGAGCGCGGAGGGAGAAGGAGAUGAGAGGAAGGGAGAAGAAGAGAGCAGCAAAGACAUUGAAAAAGAAACAGAAGAACAGCUGUGCAGCGCUAUAUUGUAA